AUGUGUGAUAGGUGUAUUUUAUUUCGUGUCGGCAAAAUUUCAGAUAUAUUUCAGCUACACACAGACAGGUCUUCCAAAUUAGUUUUCUCUUAAAAUUCAAAACCAGAACUGCUGCAGGCCUGUGGCAAUUAUAAGAGACCGGAGAAGUUGAUUCGUUCAACGGAAAAUUCAAGUAAUCUCCAUGGAUAGAAGCCACAAGUCGGAUGAGGCCUUUGGUCAGUCCAUGUCCAGCAACAGUCGCCGCGUCAUGUGGAAGCUCAGCGAGGAGGAGGAAACCUUCGAUUCCCUGGUCAACUAUCGCCGCAUUCCAGCGCGCAGCCUGCCGACAGCAAACCGAAGCCAGGUCACCGAUGUGCCCGCCAAAAAACGCACGGCCACUGAGAACUGGCUGCUGCUAGUCCGUGAUCUGGAGAAAAAGGAAGCAAGCAGCAUCGAAGAGGGCAAAAAGUCGGUCGGCCAGCGGGAGCCAUCCUGGAGUGCCAAUCCCCAAACAUCGGCCACCUCUCUGCCAGAAGUGAAGGAGAUCAGUCCCAAGGAACGAGCGCUCAUCUACUGGCGGCGACUCUUCGACGGAAUCCAUAAGCGGCACAAAGGCGAAAAGAGGACAGCCGGAGUGGAGCAGGAGGAUCCGGCGGAUAUAGUUCUUACCGCAAAGCCUAGCCUGGCAUUGCGCUACAAGCCUUCCCACGAGUCGCUGAAGCACAAGCGGAGCAAGGAACUGGCCCCUGAGCGAUGCCCGAGCUACCGGGAAUCGGCGCCCUGCAAAAUGGUAUCGGUUCAACUGGAGUCCUUCAGCCUGCCGCCGCAGCAGACGUGUGUGGUGCGCGAGGUGGCGCCUCGGUUCGCCCACCGAAGGCGCCUGUCGAUAGCCAACGACACGGAUUCAUGCUGCUCCGGCGAGCUGGAGGUCCCCAAAAACAGUCCCGUCCAGGACCAGGAGCCAGGACGACCGCGCAGCGAACUGAUCAGCGUCCAUGUCUCGGCGCCCACCAUCUCCUCGUUCAUGGAGGCGACGCGGCGGAGCACAUCCCCGGUUAGGCGUCGCACAGCGGUGAGCAAGGUGGCCGUCCGGACGAAGGGCGGAUCAUCCCCAGCAGCGGGGGGCAACAAGUGCUCCAGUGCCAGUAGCGGAAGUGCGGGCACCACCACCCUCCCUUUCCGGCAGCGACAGCAGGAGCUCCAUCGCUAUCGCGUCAUGAUCGAGAGACGGCGCCUCGAUCUCCUGGAGCUGAAGAUAGCCCGAGAGCGCGAGGAGGCGCUACACAACGAGAUCCUGUUCCACAAGGACCUGCAGAUCAAAGACAACAUGAUCAGGUACGAGGACAACGACUGCUCCAAUGCUUAGUACUUACUCCUUUCACCGGGACUCCGUUUCGGCAUUAAAUUUAUGGUUUCCAAAAUAGUUCGCAAUUGCCCUGGCCGCAGUAGUUCAAAACUCUCACCCAAAAUAAAUCAAAAUCAUUUCACAUAAACUACAC